AUGGCGAGCGAAAUCGACCUCUACAACCAAUACCCACUACACAUGGACCCAGCCACAAAAGCCAUCACCCUUCCCCAAUCCUCCGCCUACACCACAACCCAACAAAACACAGUCACCAACGAACUAAACGAACUAAACACACUCCACCGCGCCCUCCUCUCCCUUGACCCUCCCAACAUCCCCCCACCCCCACUGCCCGUAAACCCAAAACGCAGCGCUCAAAUCACCAAACUCCGCGAAAGCGCCAACACCGCCUUCCGCAAAAACAACUACGCCGAGGCAAUCCGCCUCUACACAUUCGCCAUCGAUAUGGGCGUUACCCGGCCGGGCUGGGAACCCGUUACCCUUGCGCGCGAGGAAUUGGCCGGGUUGUAUGGGAAUCGGGCGCAGGCGCAGAUGGCGCUUCAGGCGUGGCCGGAGGGAUUGGUCGAUGCGAAGUUGAGUGUUGAUUCGAAGCCAAUGGGGAAUGUUAAGGCUUGGUGGCGGGUUGGGAAAUGUUUGGCUGAGAUGACGAGGUAUGAGGAAGCGAAGGGGUUUUUGAAUAAGGGGAUUGAGCUUGAGGGGCAGGGGGCUGAUAGUGCGAAGGAGUUGAUUGCGUUGUUGAUUGAUGUUAAUGCUGCGUUGAAGAGGGUUCAGGGUGCUUAG